AUGGAGGCAGCCGCGGACAGCGCCCGGUUCGGCUACAUCCUGGAGCUGCUGAAGAGGGACAAGGUUGCCAUUAAGGGUAUUGAAAGAGAGCUUAUCUGCCCAGCAUGCAAGGAAUUGUUUACCCAUCCACUGAUCCUUCCCUGCCAGCACAAUGUCUGUCACAAAUGUGUGAAAGAAAUACUUUUUGCAUUUGAAGACUCCUUUGCUGAUGGAGGCUCUGAAUCCUCUAAUCAGAGUAGCCCUCGAAUUAGAAUCUCUGCUUCCAGCAUGGACAGAAUUGACAGGAUUAAUAGAUCAGCCUCACAGAGGAGGUCUUUUGGGUGCAGAGGCAGAAAACGCAAUUCACUGACUCCUAGAUCGACUCUGUUUCCUUGUCCGAGUUGCCAGCGGGAUAUUGAUCUCGGAGAGCGUGGCAUCAAUGGCUUAUUUCGCAACUUCACUUUGGAAACCAUUGUGGAAAGAUACAGACAGGCAGCCAGGGCAGCCAUUGCUAUUAUGUGUGAUUUCUGCAAACCUCCACCUCAGGAGUCCACGAAGAGCUGCAUGGACUGCAGUGCAAGCUAUUGCAAUGAAUGUUUCAAAAUACACCAUCCUUGGGGAACUGUGAAAGCCCAGCAUGAAUAUGUAGGACCAACCACCAACUUCAGACCCAAGAUUUUGAUGUGUCCAGAACAUGAAAUGGAGAGAGUAAACAUGUACUGUGAAAUCUGCAGAAGACCUGUUUGUCAUCUUUGCAAACUGGGUGGAAGUCAUGCAAACCAUAGAGUAACAACCAUGAACACUGCCUACAAAACACUUAAGGAGAAGCUUUCGAAAGAUAUUGAGUACCUCAUCAGUAAGGAGAGCCAGGUGAAAGCUCACAUCACACAGCUGGAUCUGAUGCUGAAAGAAACAGAGUGCAACAGUGAAAGAGCUAAACAAGAAGCAUCUCAGAGUUUUGAGAAAUUGUACCAUGUCCUGGAAGAGAAGAAAUCUGCAGCUCUUAGGGCAAUUGAAACUUCUAAGACUAUAAGGCUGGAAAAAUUGCAAACACAAGUGGAAGAAUACCAAGGGCUCCUGGAAAAUAAUGGCCUUGUAGGAUAUGCUCAAGAAGUACUUAAAGAAACUGAUCCCUCCUGUUUUGUUCAAACAGCAAAACAACUUCAUAUCAGAAUCCAAAAAGCUACUGAGUCUCUGAAGAGCUUUAGGCCAGCAGCUGAAACUACUUUUGAAAACUUUGUGGUGGACACUGCCAAGCAAGAAGAUAUCCUUGGUGACUUGUCCUUCCAUUCCAAUGGUCUAGAAAUACCAGAAAUCAAUGAAGAGCAGUGCAGAAUGUACAACAAAGCUCUGAUCAGCUGGGAAUGCCCUGAGAAGACAGAUUCAGCUGAUAUCUAUGUUCUUGAGUAUCAUAAGCUUGAUAAAGAAGAGGAGAGUGUGACAUGGCAGAAGACUGAAGUUUGUGGCAAGAGCAAAGUAUUAUCUGAUCUUGAUGAUGACAGCAGCUAUGCCUUUAGAGUUCAAGGAUACAAAGGGUCCAUCUGUAGCCCUUGGAGCCGAGAAGUUAUUAUGCGUACUCCUCCAGCUCCAGUUUUCAGUUUUCUUUUUGAUGACAAAUGUGGGUACAACAAUGAGCAUCUCCAGCUGAACCCAAGAAGAACCUCUGUGGAAAGUAGGGCUGGAUUUCCUCUGCUUCUGGGAUCUGAGCGCUUGCAGGUUGGAUGCUACACUACCCUGGAUUACAUUAUUGGUGACACUGGCAUUGCCAAAGGGAAGCACUUCUGGGCUUUUAGUGUGGAAGCCUAUUCAUACCUGGUGAAAGUGGGAGUUGUUCCUAGCAACAAGAUACAGAAAUUGUUCCACAAUACCCAUGAUGUGACCAGUCCAAGGUAUGAGCAAGACAGUGGUCAUGACAGUGGGAGUGAAGAUGCCUUCUUUGACUCAUCUCAGCCUUGUACACUGGUCACUUUAGGCAUGAAGAAGUUCUUUAUCCCUGCUACACCUGCUGCUCCCAAGGAUCCAGCAAGCAGAAUCCUUCCCCUGCCAUCGUGCUUGGGCAUUUGCCUUGACUGUGACAGAGGCAGGGUGGGGUUUUAUGAUGCAGGCCGUAUGAAGUGCCUGUAUGAAUGUGAGGUGGAUUGCUCUGGAUUAAUGUACCCAGCGUUUGCUUUGAUGGGUGGUGCAGCAGUGCAUCUUGAGGAAGCUGUCACAGCCAAGUACAGGGAGUACCACGAUGAUAUCUAGUGCAGUAAUCUCUUCCCAUUGCUGUUCUGAGACAGAAAAUGAAAGCAGAAGAAUUCUACCUUAGCUUUUAGUCCUGAUAAAUUAUAUCCUACCUGUGUGUUGCUCACAAGGCUCUGGCCUGUGAUUUUCUAAAAAUAAAUGGUCCAGGCACUUCCUGUACCAGAGGAAUUCUCCUGCCUUUCUCAUGAUCUGUGCAAUGCUGUUCUCGACAGACUUCUUUUCCUGGGGGAAGCAGGGAAGAAGUCUGAAUAGCAACCAAAAUUUACUUUUCAGGACUAGCAACCAAAACUUACUCUUCGGGGUAGAAAUCUGCCUUUUAUUUAACGUAAAUCCUUACAUAGCCGGUUUUGUAUUUAAUGAAGUCAAAGCUGACAAUGUGUGAUUGUCACUUUCCUUUUAAGAAAUCUGCCUGAAUGCCUCUGUGGGGUCAAAUGCUUUCCAGUUAACCCCUGAGCACCAGUUGGGCCUUUCAGCACAAAAUAGCAUAUAAAAAAUAUAAUUUAAAAGAGGAAGAAGUUAGAAAUGGUGUUGA